CAAUAGGUGUCGCUGUUGGACGAGACAACGCGGCAGAGAAGAAGAAUUUUGUUGUUGAAGUGUAGCUUUCACCUAGCGGUAAUAUUAUCAAUGUGUUUUCCAAAGGGGAACACGUUUUAAAACAGAAAAUGUAUUAAUAACUUGGAAGUACCAAUUUCGCAUGUGAAGACGUAUCAAGGUGGGGUUGCUGUACAGGACCGGCGAUUAGCUUUGCGUCCACUGCAAUAAUCAUGAGCGACAUGGACACUUCCGCCACAAAUAAAGACAAUGACUCCACUCUUCUGCUCACAAAAGACGGGCAGAGGUAUUUUGUAAGUAAAAGCGGAGCUGUGGACAGUAGAAAUGUGACAACGCCCCAAGAAUUGGAGAACAAUGUGUCCUCAUUCAGCGUGGACGAUCCGGACGAAGAGAGCGACGUCCUGGAUGUUUCUGAUCCCAGAGACGGCGCAGCCAGCCCGGAGGAAGAAGAGACCUCGGAGGGCGACAACGCCCCCAAGCAGUGCACCUACGAGGGCUGCACCGAGACCACCACGCAGGUGGCCAAGCAGAGGAAGCCGUGGAUGUGCAAAAAACACCGCAACAAGAUGUAUAAGGAUAAAUAUAAGAAGAAGAAGAAUGACCAGGCUAUGUCCAGCGGGAAGCUUGAUGAAAACUCAGAGGAGCGUCCAGUGUCCGUCAACAAACAGCGCCUGGGGGCCAUGGGGGACCGUCCAGCCAGACCCUCCCUUAUAGAGCAGGUCCUCAACCAGAAAAGACUGUCUCUCCUCAGGAGUCCAGAGGUGAUCCGGUUCCUGCAGCAGCAGCAGCAGCUCCUGGCUGCACAAACCCGCAGCCAAUCACUCUCAGCCAAUCAACAGCACUUUCAGGGCUGUUGACUAGUGUGGACCUGACAGUAUAUGUGAUGCAGUUGCAAAGACUUUAAAAUAAUACAAAUAACUAUCUCUGCUUGAUGCAUAAAGCUGCAUUCCGCACAAAAUCUGACCUUGAACUGUUAAAGAAAAUACAUUGUUAAAUGUAAGCAAACAUUUUUCUCCAUUAACUUUACGUUUCGGUUUAAUUUUAAAGUUGCUUUUAUUUCCCUUUAUUUUGCAGUUUUAAUCAGGACCUUCAAAUGUAAUCGUCUAAAGUUGUUUAGAUAUGGCAGCGCUAGGUGAUAUAUUUACAGUGGUUUCUAAACACCCGUUUGUCCUGUGUGUCAGUUCCCAUUCUCUGCUUUGUAGUAUUUAUUAUAUUAUUGUGAACAUCACCCUAAUUCACCUAAAUAUUUCCUCGUGACAAUCACUGUUGAUAUUUUGAGCCAACAAAGAGUUUCGCAGCUUGUUCUUUUGUAUGUUGUUUUCCGUCCUAAACUUUAGCACAAGCUAAAUUAUAUCUAGAUGUAAAUAAGUGAACACAAGCCAAAAUGUGUGAUGUGAAAAUGUAGGUUAUUGUAUCUCAUCUGUGUUAUACAGUGUACCUCCUGCUCAGUGUAUAAAAAUAAAAAACAUGAAUACUGAGA